AUGAUCGCCAACUUCCAUAAUCCGAGACGCCUCCGCACCCCUUUCAUCGCCAUCAUCGUCUUUAUCCUCAUCACCGGCUUCUUCCUGCUUUUCCACCAACCAUUGGUCCAGUACUUCGUUGUACCCUGGACACCGGAACAAUAUGGAGGCAGCUGGAUGAACGAUUCCGCGCCCAACUGGGUCCAGCCAACGCUAUACGAAGGCCGUCCGGACAAGACGGGCGAGGCAAGCCAGUAUGUACAAGCCAUUUUGGAUCCCAAGAACGGCGGCUUUCCCAUCGUCAACUGUCCUGCACCCAACGUCACUCGCUACGAGGUCCUGCGCCCAACCGAGAACAUGGACAAGCGCCACUACUUCUUCGCUCUCGAUCUGCGCCAGGUCAGAGACCUGCUGCCCCAGCUCAUCGGCGCCGUCCUCGAGGCCAUGAAUGUCAUCGGUCCCGAGAACUGCGCCUUGUCUGUUGUUGAGGGCAUUUCCACCGACGGCACCUACGAGACACUCUACCGCCUCAAAGCCCACAUGGACAAGAUGGGGGUCGCCUACUACCUCCAGACGAGCAGCAUCGACUCUCACAGCGGUGACCGUAUCGGAAAACUCGCAAAGCUCCGGAACCUAGCCUUGGAACCUAUGAUGGCCGAAGCCGCCGCCUACGAUCCCAAGGCCACCAUUGUCUUCCUGAACGACGUCGCCGCCUGUACCGAGGACAUACUUGAGCUGGCGUACCAGAAGCAGGUUCAAGGCGCCGACAUGACGUGCGCCAUGGACUAUCACUUCCUCCGAUUUGCUCCGCACAACGGGGAGCCUUCCUUCUACGACUCUUGGAUAUCCCGCGCCAUCAACGGCGACACCUUCCUCCCCAUCCCUGACCGAACGCCCAAGGGCGAGCAGUGGAGCGACGUCGCCAAUAUGUUCUGGAACCACCCGUACUCCCAAGAUCGCUACCUCGGCCGCAAGCCGCUACAGGUGUUUUCCUGCUGGAACGGCGGCGUUGCCGUCACCGGUGAGCCCUUUCUCGCCAAGAGGCUCGACUUCAGAAGGUCAUACCAGGGCGAAUGCCACACGGGCGAACCGACGCUGCUAUGCAAAGACCUGUGGAAUCUCGGCCACGGCAAGAUCGCCGUCGUGCCGAGCGUCAGUCUGGCGUACAACGUCAAGGACGGGAGGCAGAUAAAGGAGGAGAGGGGCUUCGCCUCGUCGUGGACCGUCAUGGAGAACUCAGGCGCGCCCCCCAAGAUCAACUGGCAGAUAGAGCCGCCCGAGAUGGUCAAAUGCAUGCCGACGUUUAGUAACCAGUUCUGGCGGCCUUGGAACGAGGGUCUAUGA